UCUCUCUCUCUCUCUCUGUGCAGCGUCCGUUUCUCAGUCGCGUCUGUUGGUGACGGAACUUCUAACCCCGUCGUCGUUCCCGGGUCGGUGUUUGCUUUCAACCGUCCAGCCUUAGAUCUUUGGUGAACUCUGGAUCAGGGGCCACUUCUCGCUUGAACACACGACUCACAUCGAAGGAUCUCUGUUAUAGUCAGGAGAUGUUGGUAACUGAACUGGGUGCUUUCGCGAUAGCUAUUGAAGCCUUUGGGGUUGGAUCUGCGCUUGUGAUCAGUCACGUAGGAGCACCCAUGGAAGCCAACAGGAGACAACCAAAUGGAAUUCAGUUGCUUCUUGCUGCAGAACAAGAGGCACAGCGCAUUGUCAGUGCUGCCAGAGAGGCGAAAAUGGCUCGGCUAAGGCAAGCCAAGGAAGAGGCAGAGAAGGAGAUUGCUGCGUUUCGUGCUCAAAUGGAGGCUGAGUUUCAGAGAAAGGUUGCGGAGAGUAGUGGAGAUUCCGGUGCUAAUGUCAAGCGGCUUGAGCAAGAAACGGAAGCGAAGAUUGAACAUCCGAAGACGGAGGGCACAAGAAUAUCUCAGGACGUCGUGCAGAUGCUGUUGAAGCAAGUGACCACUGUGAAGAACUAGGGGCGUCGGUGUAAGUGAAAGGCGUGAAAUUGCUCGAGGGCGCCUUUUCCGUGUUUGCCUAUUCUGAUCGGUGCUCUUGCUGGGUAUAGCGAUAUCUUUUUUAUUUUUAUAUUUCCUGAUGGGUGUAACUAGUCCUAUGCUGUGCUGUGAAUCUAGGCUUUUCUGGAUACAAAUGGUGAAUCAUGUUCUAUUUAAGAAGUGAUUACUCUUCUUUUGUUGUCUGUCAAAAGAAAAGUUUCAUGUUGUUAGAAGGAGAUGUCAGUGUUGAA